AUGAUGGAACUCCAGGAGAGCAGCGUCCAGUACAACAGAUGGAACAACAGCCAGGAUGAGGUCAGCAUGAAUGUGUCGGCUUCGGGAGGCGUGGACUGUGAGCGGAUCUGCACCAAACUAUGCACUGGGAAGCUGGGCAUCGCCAUGAAGGUGGCAGGUGGAAUCGUUCUGUUCUGGGUCGUCUUCAUCAUCAGCUAUGUCACCGGCUACUACAUCCACAAAUGCAAAUAG